UCGCUUUUACGAGCGAGCAAAGUCGAACGCGACGCUCUUUCCCCAAGAAUAGCCCCGGUAAACGUUCUCCGUUCCGAGUCCGAGAGCUAUUUUUAUGGGGUACCUUGGACUCGUUGAACGUUCUCCUCUCCUAGAGACUCACCCGUGGAAUUACAGAUCGGAAGCGUUCGAAGCCAUUGUAACAGGAUUUAGACUGGAGAUCUUACGCAGUCAAUGAAACUCCUGUCUAAAUCCGAUUUGAAAAUCGAUACAACCUCGAGGGAAACAGCCGCGGCCUCGCGAUCGUAUAAUCACCGAUUGUCACCGUUUGCAGCGAUCUCGGCGAUUCCGAAAAUAGUCUGCGAGACGAUCCACGCCCUGGAGCUGCACGAUGAGACGCCCUCGUGGAAGAUCAUGGACAAUAAGGGACGGGUCACGGUGGUGCUGCACUGGGACCAGCGAUCGUCGACGUCGUCCCAGGGGCAGCAGCAGCAGAAGGGUCAAGACGUGCAGGCCUCCAAGUACUCGCCGACCAAGAAGACCGAUCUGAGCGGUGGCCAGCGGCCGCCGUUGGUCAUCCAGACGAGCCUCGACCAGCUCAACUACGGGGGGAAGCUGGGACACCUGGCGGCGGAGGUCGGGCCGAGUCGAUACACCAGCCCCCAUAUCACUGUGAUAAAUCAUGACGACAUGCAGCAGCAGUCGUCCGGGCUGCAGCCGCAGCCGCAACCGCACGGGAUCCCGGGCAGGCUGGUGAAGCAGGGUACCAACUCGUUCGACAGCACCACGAUCCAUAUCCACACGCCGGAGUGCUCUAACCACAUCCAUCAGCCGGUGGCGAGGAACGGGAGCCCGGUGAACGGCGCCGACGGUGGUCCCAGCGGCGAGUGCGACUUCCACUGCUGCGCGCUCCACGAGGAAGGACGGAGGAUCGCCGUUCACAAGUCGGUGGCCACCUCGCCGAUCCAAGACGCCCAGCAUCAGCAGUACCACCACCACCCGCACCAGCAGCAGCCGCAGCAGACGCAGACGCAGACUCCCUCGCCGCAGCCGCCCUCCUCGUUGUCCGACGGCACGAGACGGACGGGACUUAGCAAGGGCCACGUGCGUUUCUGCGACACGGCCGACGAGGAGUCCAGCUCGAGAAUCAGCGGAUCGGCCGGUGCCGGCGGUUUCCAUCUGCCGCAUCAUCAGAACCAUCACCAGGAGCACGACAGCUCCGAGUCCGAGACCGAGAACACGAUGAUCGAAGAUGAGAUCGUCACCUCGGAGAAGUUUCUAUUGCUGAUCGAUCAGCUGACCGUCGAUCAGAAGCAUCUGAGCAUCAAGGAUAUCGGGAUCAUCCUAGAACGGCUCAGCUCGAAGAUCCUCGACGUCGAGCGGCUGGAUCGCGAGAGCGAAAGUGAGGAAUGUUACAACUGGACGAUCAAGGCGAUCAUCAGGGGCGACGUGUUGAGGGAACUGGGUGUCAUCUACAACGGGAACUACUACGCGAUCUCGGAGCAUCCCGGAUACAAGGAGGAGUCCGAGGAGAAUAACGAAGAUAACGAAGAGGAAGAGGAGGAUAGACUUUAAUAUGAUGCUGUUUCUCUAGAUAGAUAGAUAGAUAGAUAGAU